AUGUCUUCUUGGGGAGAUACAGCAUUUGGGACAUAUACACGUCCCGUGUAUCUGCUCUUUGGCAUGGAGGUCUCACCUCUGGUUUCUCGGCUCAUGUCAUCGAUAGAAGCUAUGGUGGUGGAUGACAGGGCCGUUGCAGCGGUCGAAGCCCCUUCGAUCCCGGUGUUCGCUGGCGUCGGUGAUCGGUCGACUCCUGGAGACUGGGACGUUCGAGACUUGACUCCGAUCGACGUGGGCGGCGAGACGGCGCUGGCGGCCCCCGCCGUCGAUGAGGAUUUUGUGUGGCCAACCUCAGCACGCCCAGAACUGGUGUCUUUACCGGACGUGUCAUCAGACAUUCAGUACCUAGGUUCCAGGUCCAAUGAGCUCUUGCCCAUUGAUAUCUGUCUGGUGGGUUUCUCUGAGUCCACCGAGGAUGUCAAUACCAUGCCAGAGGGCUCUGGUGGAGGUGAUCAUGUAUACACACCCAUAUCACAAUCCUACACAUCAGAAUUCCUUUCUGACUGGUAA